AUGUCGAAACCAAUAUCUUUGGUCGAGGGCGUUACAUUCCAGUCGAUGCAUGUGGGCAGAAUACCGAAAGGGCUACGCGAGCCUCCGACCCCAGCCGGCGCUCGCCCCUUCGUUGGCCAUUCACACAUCUGGAACGGCAACGCCACCUGCAAUCCUAGCGAGACCCAACUGGUGAAAUGGGCUCGGGAAUACGGCGAGAUCUAUCAAAUUUGGCAGGGCAUGGAGAGGUGGGUAAUCGUCUGCUUGCCAGAGGCCGUCAAGGAAAUAUUCGACAAGCAUGGAACUGUGACAGGAAGCAAAGCCCGUCUGCGUGUUGCCAUGGACGUUCUCUCUGGUGGCUUUCGUAUGCUCUUCAUGCCGUAUGGGAAGCACUGGCGUGCUGUGCGUAGCGUUGUCCACCAGUGCCUGUCGAUCACGUCUGCCGAGAAGAUGAAACCUUCACAAGACCUUGAGUCUCGACGCUAUCUAUAUGAUGUAUUGACGGAUCCUGAGAAUUUCCUGGUUCAUGUGAGACGGUACACGGCUAGUGUGAUCAUGUAUUCCACGUACGGCCGCCGAGUUACCAGCUUGGACGACCCUACCUACCAGGCCAUCUUUGAGGAGGCACAGGUCUUUGGAGUUGUCUUCGGGACGAGAUUUAUGGUUGAUAAGUAUCCCAUCCUAGAGAAACUACCGAAGUUCCUGCAGUGGUGGCGAGCUAAGUACGAGCCUUAUCAUCAGAAGGAGGUGGAACUUUGGAUGGGUUUGUGGAAUGGUCUCAAGGAGCAGCUUGCUUCCGGAAUCCAUACCGGGUGUUUCGUCAAAAAAUUCAUGGAGGUGGAUUAUCCCAAGAUGGGUAUCUCGGAAAUCGAAGCCGCCUAUGUUGCCGGCACCCUGAUUGAAGCAGGAAGUGAUAGCACCCAAAACACGCUUAACAGCCUCAUCCUCGGUCUCGUUGCAUUCCCUGAAACUGUAAAGGCGGCUCACGAAGAGCUCGACUCUGUGGUUGGUGAUCGUCUGCCCCAGUUUGAGGAUUCGCAACGGCUGCCCUAUAUCCGCGCUAUGGUUAAAGAGGUUAUGCGUUGGCGUAGUGUCUCCAAUGACCAUUUUGCGCACCUAAGUACAGGAGAUGUAGUGUACAAGGAUUAUUUUAUCCCUGCUGGCACUGUCAUCGUGGGAAAUACAUGGGCACUGCAUUAUGACCCGGAACGAUACCCGGAGCCGGGACGCUUCAAUCCCGCACGCUUCCUAGGAACACGUGCUCUUGAACUCAGCGCUGGAGAAUGUAUCAAUGUCUCAGACCCUUGCGAUAGAGAUCAUUGGUCUUUUGGAGCCGGGAGACGCGUCUGCCCUGGAUAUACGUUGGCCGAAAACUCCCUCUUUAUAUUGACUGCCCGUCUCCUGUGGGCCUUUGACAUCAUAGCCCCGGUCGACACUGCUACCGGGAAAUGA